AUGGCAGCUAAAACUAUAGAGCCCGGCACUGGGGCCUCCACAUGUACUUUAGACAGUCAAAGGUGGAGGCCAUAUAGUGGUAUUUUUACUAUGAAUGCUGUUAUGCAGGCAUAUCAUAGUAAGGAGGUUGAUAUAGAGGUGUCUAGUGUAGAUGAUACUAGUGCUAUGUCCAGAGACACCAAAAAGGACUUGGAAGGUCAGCAGAAAAGGUCUGUGGAAUCAGAAUCAGGAAAACACCUUCUGUAUCUAGAAAGAAACCUAUGGAGAUUGAAUAUCACCCUUGAAGUAGAACCCAGUGAUACCAUUGAAAAUGUCAAGGCAAAGAUCCAGGAUAAAGAAGGCAUCCCCCCAGACCAGCAGAGAUUGAUUUUUGCCGGAAAGCAGCUGGAAGAUGGUCGCACCCUGUCUGACUACAACAUCCAGAAAGAAUCAACUCUUCACUUAGUCCUUCGUCUCAGAGGUGGGAUGCAGAUCUUUGUGAAGACCUUGACUGGUAAAACCAUCACCCUUGAAGUGGAGCCCAGUGACACCAUUGAGAAUGUCAAGGCAAAGAUCCAGGAUAAAGAAGGCAUCCCCCCAGAUCAGCAGAGAUUGAUCUUUGCUGGAAAGCAGCUGGAAGAUGGGCGUACCCUGUCUGACUACAACAUCCAGAAGGAAUCCACCCUGCACUUGGUCCUUCGUCUCAGAGGUGGGAUGCAGAUCUUUGUGAAAACCUUGACCGGUAAAACCAUUACCCUUGAAGUGGAGCCCAGUGACACCAUUGAGAAUGUCAAGGCCAAAAUUCAAGACAAAGAAGGCAUUCCCCCAGACCAGCAGAGACUGAUCUUUGCCGGAAAGCAGCUGGAAGAUGGUCGCACCCUGUCUGACUACAACAUCCAGAAAGAAUCUACCCUGCACUUGGUCCUUCGUCUCAGAGGUGGGAUGCAGAUCUUUGUGAAAACCUUGACCGGUAAAACCAUCACCCUUGAAGUGGAGCCCAGUGACACCAUUGAGAAUGUCAAGGCCAAAAUUCAAGACAAAGAAGGCAUUCCCCCAGACCAGCAGAGAUUGAUCUUUGCUGGAAAGCAGCUGGAAGAUGGGCGUACCCUGUCUGACUACAACAUCCAGAAAGAAUCCACCCUUCACUUGGUCCUGCGCUUGAGGGGAGGUGUCUAAAUUCCCUCAAGUUUCUUUCAAGCUUUUGAGUAAUUUCACUGCACUUUUCUUUCAAUAAAGUUGUUGCAUUCCCAAAAAAAAAAAAAAA